GUCACUGGAACCCAACAGGAGAAGGAUUACAAGGGAAAGAGCGGCAGUAGCCGGGAGUCAGCCAGGCACAGUCUAUGAGCAAGGCUCAACUUUCCAAAAGAAAGUUCACCAACUAGAGCAUAGCCCUCCGGAGCACUGCAGACCCCCUCAGCCCAGCUUCACCAAGGGGCCAUCAAGAUGAAACCUAACCAAGCUGGACCCAAAACUGUCUUCUCCAACUAGAUGCCACAACUGUCAGCACGUGUGAGCGACCCGACGGCGCCUGUCAGCGUUCUAUUCCCAAAUCUCUACUUCUGGGUACUGCAUGCUUUGAUAACCAUCGCAUCGUUCUAAUUCCAGCCCUUGCCUUUUAUUUUUUUAUUAUUAUUAUUUUUAUUAUUGGAGGAUCAGCGAGAGAUUGCUCAUAAAAUAAAAAGGAUUGUUAUGAAGACUUUGUUUUGAAUCGCAAGCAACAUGGAAGGAUCCAGUUUUGGGAUAGACACUAUAUUGUCCAACGCUGGUUCUGGCAGCCCUGGCAUGCUGAAUGGAGACUUUAGGGAUGGGAGAGGAGCGGAUUUUAGGAAUCAGGGCCCCAUGUCUCCUGAUUCGGAGAUAGACACCGUGGGAAGUUCGCCUUCCUCUCCUAUUUCAGUGACUAUGGAAGCAGCAGAUCAGCACCGGUUAGUGGACAGCGCCCUGCACCAAUCUCAGCAUCUCCAUCACCUGCACCACAGCCAGCAACCUCAGCAGUCUCCACCACAGCAGCCUGGCCAGCUGGGUUCUGUUGCUAGGACUUCCACCUCUUCCUUUUUAAUUAAAGACAUUUUGGGAGACAGCAAACCCCUGGCUGCCUGUGCCCCUUACAGCACCAGCGUGUCCUCCCCCCACCACACACCAAAACAGGAGGGCAACGUGUCUUCAGAAAGUUUUCGACCCAAACUAGAACAGGAGAUGCAAGAUGCCAAGAGCAAAGCAGAUAAAAUCCGGGAUGAUAUGCAUUCAGACAUGAAAGGGCAUAGUGCAAAAGAAGAAGGGGACCGGGAGAUCUCCAGCAGCCGUGACAGUCCUCCUUCCCGGUCCAAGAAGCCCAGGAAGGCCAGAACAGCCUUUUCAGACCAUCAGCUGAACCAGCUGGAGAGAAGCUUUGAGAGACAGAAAUAUCUAAGUGUACAGGACCGCAUGGACCUGGCGGCAGCCCUUAACCUCACAGACACUCAGGUCAAGACCUGGUACCAGAACAGGAGGACAAAGUGGAAGAGGCAGACAGCUGUCGGACUAGAGCUUUUGGCUGAAGCUGGGAAUUAUUCAGCUCUUCAAAGGAUGUUCCCCUCACCUUAUUUUUAUCACCCUAGUCUGCUCAGCAGUAUGGACAGCACGACUGCAGCCGCUGCAGCAGCAGCUAUGUACAGCAGUAUGUACAGGACUCCCCCUGCACCCCACCCUCAGUUACAGAGACCCUUAGUUCCCAGGGUCCUCAUCCAUGGUCUAGGUCCUGGGGGACAACCAGCUCUUAACCCCUUGGGGAACCCAAUACCUGGCACUCCUCACACGCGGUGAAAGCAGCACCCUCCUUUUUUAUUUUUUACAGCACUAUCAAACCCCACAAGGACAAAAAACAAUCAAACAAACCCUGAAGGAGAUAAGUAGAAGGGACACAGGGGCCAGAGUAUGGACAUCCUCUCUUUAAAGGCUCAGAUCCCAAGCACCUACAGUAUGUACUGUACUUAUCUAGAGCAGGGACCCUACAGAAAGACCACUCCAAAGAAGUAGUAGGACGGACGGGCACGCAAGGAGGGCGCAGUGCGCAAUGGCUGCACUCCCAGGAGUGUGAAUGACGAUAGACUUGAGUCCAAAGGAGAAAAAAAAAAGCAGCCUGACCGAUCUGAAGACGGAGUUAUGGGAAACAAGGACAAGGGACUGGGAACUUUGCACUGAUCUCUAAUGAGCGGAUUCAUUAUGACAAGUGGCAUGCUCCCAAAUUUUUAAUUGUACAUUCGAAAGACUAUGAAAUAUCAUAUUUAUUAUAUGUUGUCCAUAAAAGUCACAACUAUUCGUUGAUUUUUUUAUGUCUUUUUUGAGCAACUCGAAUAAAAUGCUUAGAGAAA